ACGACACAGGAGAAAUCCCUGGCCACAAUCCUCCGUCUCUGCCGCAAUGUCUCUCCCUUUCUACAACAACAACCCGGUCCCUAUGCACCAGUCUUAUCAUUUUGUCUCUUUCUGCCAACACUUAGAAUGAUGUGAGGGCGGAAAUGAGCCCAGGGGGAACCAAAGAACCUUGCUGAGAACUGGCAGCGCCAUUGGUUGGCAACAACAGUCAUUUCCAUGACGGACGGAAGCUUCAACCAAUCGGAGAACUCCAUGCUUAGUUUGGCUGAAGCCGGAAGUGAAAAGCGGAAUUCUGCAAUGUUCUUGGUGGGCCUGACUGGUGGGAUAGCUUCAGGGAAGAGCACGGUUGUGUCCAUUCUACGAGAACUUGGCUGCGCUGUCAUCGAUGCUGAUCUCAUUGCCAGACAAGUGGUCCGUCUUGGCACCCCAGCGUACACCAAGAUUGUGCAGCAUUUUGGAGAUGGGGUGCUGCUGGUGAGUGGAGAGCUGGACAGAGAAAAGUUGGGUGCCAUUAUAUUUUCUGAUCCGCAGAAGAGAUGCGUGCUAAACUCCAUCACUCACCCACAAAUCCGCAGAGAGAUGCUGAGACAGACUCUCUGGUACUUCUUCCUAGGCUACAGGUACGUGAUCCUCGACAUCCCGUUACUUUUUGAAUCCCGGAGCAUGACACGCUAUAUGAAGCACACCAUGCUGGUAUACUGUGACCCACAGACGCAGCUGGAGCGGCUAAUGCGGAGAAACAGCCUUUCCCAGGACGAGGCCAUGAAACGCAUUGCUGCACAACUCCCGCUGGACAGCAAACUCCCCUUAGCCGAUCACGUCAUUGACAAUUCAGGGGACAGGGAAAGCACUCGACGGCAGGUCCUGCAGCUCAAUGCUCGGCUCGAGUCCUCUCUUGCUUACCUUCCUGUCAGGAUCACUGCCGUUACCAUGGCCACAGGGCUGGUAGUUUUCGCUUGCAGCCUUCUCCGAAGACUCUGGCAAUGAAGGCGGUGGAAUUUAACCUCAAUGGAAAGCGUCACGGCCUAGUGAUCCUUUCUUGGCUCAGUCCCAUGUAUGAUCAGAGCAAGGUCCUGCCAGCGAUGCUCAUAAUUUUAAAAAAGAUUUUAGAAAUGUAUUUUAGAUUUUAACCAAUGAAUGCCCUGAGUGUAGAUAAUUCUGCAUAUCGCAAGGGCAACGCAAGGAAUGAUAUCAAACUGAACUGCAAUGCAAAGCAGUCCCCAGUUGCAGCUCAUACAUGAAGUAGUAAUGUUAUUAUUAAGAGACACAUGCCCUUGGAACGGCUGGUGGUAUCCAUGCUUUAUACGAUGGUGAUUGCUACAGUUCUGCCAUUGGUGUAAAGCAGUCACAUGCAUUACCAUAACUUGCUAUUUUAAUUACUUUUAUGUAAAUGAAGCCCUUGGGAUUCCCUCUGUAUCUGGGAUGACAUUUACCUUGGGUAAAAGGCACCCAAAAUUAGAUGCCCAAAUUCAGUUGCAUUAAGCCUUUGAAAUUGGAACCUCCCCUCUUCGCCAAUAUCCUUAGGUAUGGGAGAUGCAUACUACCCAUGGGGUGCAAUAUACUGCAUACAUGUACUUUGUUUACCAUGUACCACAAGCCCGUGUCAGGGGUGAUCCAGGCUCCUUUCUCAGCCUGGAGCCUCCUCUUAUCUCUUUAGAGAAUGGACAGAAAGUGGAUGAGAAAACAGUAACAGUAAUGCCCCAAAAAAUGAAGCAGGUUAUGUGCAUCCCAUGGGAUUGUAUAAAACAUUGCUUCAUUUCUGCAUAAGCACAGGUGGCCAUUCAUGGUCCAAUAAAAGCUGCUGACAAACAGAGUCAGCAGCUUAUUGGCCAGUGUAUGGGGCCCUCCGACGGGCCUCUCCAACUGCCGUAUUGAUUUUCAGCCAGAUAUCGAUCAGACAGUCCUGCUGGAGCUCCAUCUGCAUUGGUUUAUAGAAGCGACCACCUGUAUUUCCAUCAAUGUUAUCUGAUCAUUGGGCUCUAGGGUCCCGAUAUUGACCACUUCAAGGUGGGCGUAUUGGAGAAAGGUCUGCUCAUUUGGUGACAUUACCAAAGUAGCAGAAAUGCAAGUGUAUGGCCAGCUCAGAGUAAUGUGCCAAUCUCCUCUCGUGGCAUAAAUGGCCGUAUGUAGCCCACUAUAUGUGCAUUGCAUUUUUAGAUUUGGAGAAGGAGGUGGAAUCCCAGCUGAUGGAUAUGGGAAGCAACACAGCAGCCCUACCAAUAAUGUUCAUGUUGAAGGGCUUCAGUUGCUUUUAAUUCGUUCGUACUCAGAAGCAACAUUAAAAAGUCUUUAUUUUAAAGUGCUUCCCUUUGUGCAUCAGUCUUCCUGUGCAUCAGAUUGGAAUGAGGGAUAUGGAUCUCUAUGGAAGACCAGUGUCGAUCUUGAUGUACAGGUAUGGGACCUGUUUUCCAGAACGCUCGGGACCUGAGGCUUUCCGGAUAAUUGGGAUCUUCAUACCUUAAGUCUGCUAGAAGAUCAUAGAAACAUUAAAUAAACCCAAUA